AUGCCUCCCUCUAUCCCUGCCGAUGGCCCCGAUGCAGCGGCUUCCCAUAAGAUCCCCUACGGCAAAUAUGAUUCGUUUCCCAAAAUUCCGUUCCCCGAAUGGAGCGGCUACAAGUCUGUCAUGUACCGCUCGGCAGAUGGCAAGCGUGUAGCUGGGACUUUCCAUGAGACUGAGAGUGCAACAAUGACCUACCCCUGCGACGAAUUUACAUACGUUAAGGCUGGCUGGGUCAAGGCUGAAGUCAAAGGUGGCGAUACAUUUACCCUUUAUGAGGGAGACUGUGUUUACUUCACCAAGGGAACCACUGUCACUUUCUGGUCCAGCGAAGACUACAUUAAUGUCUCUUGCUUCUUUGCCCAUGAGGGAGAUGGCCCCGUCUCUCUCGUCUAA